AUGACAGACAUGGAUGAAGCUAUGGCACAAGCUGUUGACAUUGGUGAAAAUGAUGACGAGGGAGGAGAUGAUAGUGAGGUAGAAGAGGAGGAAGAGGAAGAGGAAGAGAAAGAGGAAGAGGAGAAAAUUACACGCAAUUGGAGUGUUUAUAAAACUACUCCCCAGGCUCCAGAAUCAAAGAAUUCCACUAUGUUAGAAGCGGAAGAUAUUUCCUUUGUCAGGAUUUUGGGAAUUGGGAAGUUGUGCACUAGUAUCUUACAUGCUAAACCUAAAAAGGAAGGUCCGCUGAGUCUUGAAGAAGCAAUCGAUGAUUCUGAAAACUUGACUGAUUUCCUUAUGGACUUCGAACAAGACGAGUGA